GCCUACAUAAAACUACAUUAGAAUUUUUCCUUCGUAUGGAUUGUGUGCAUAAGUCCAACCUCGCAAUUCCUACCAUUCAUUUGCAAUAACAAUGACACCAUUGGGCCUUCCUGUUGGAGACAGUGAUCAGGAGACAUGUGCCCAUCCCUAUACUAAUUCCAUACCAUGGCAGACAUGGACCCCUCCUCCCCAAUUCCACUAGCCAUAUACACAAAUGGGAUGGGGGUGUCAAUGGGCCACUUCAAAGGGUGCUUAUGGGACUCCUGGUUCCUCUCACUUUUAAUGAAAUCCACCCCACCCACUGGGCCACAGGCCCCACCUCUUCACAGUUUUUUACCUUGACUUCCUGAAACUGCAGUGAAAUUCCAGAGCCUUAAGUCUCAGACUCAGCCAGGGUCUCAAGUCACCUCAGCUUUCUCAAAGGAGUAGCAGCAAGGACAAGUCAGGAAACUUACGGGUACAUCUGUUCACAGAGGGUGGAGAGACAUUACUGGACCAAACCAAUGGAGUAGCAGUUGAACCUGAACAUCACUUCCUCUAGUCCACUUCAACAGGAAAUAAUCUGCUGAAGAGGUUUUGAACACAUACACCUUCUCUUCAGAGUCUGCAGCAAACGCUGUGAAUACAACUGAGAUCACUGGGCCCAAGGGAAUGCAAUAUAUCACUGACCUAAGGCACUCAUCCAGCAUGACCUCGUCCUCCUCAUCCUCCACAGCCAGAGCAGCUGAGCCUUAUCACCAAGGCAACAUCAGAAUGACCCUGGAGAACUCUGACCUGUGGAAGUCCUUCCAUCACCUGGGGACGGAGAUGAUUAUUACGAAACCUGGCAGGAGAAUGUUCCCACACUGCAACAUUAGUGUAUCAGGAUUGUCUCCUUACACAAACUAUUUAAUUAUAGUGGAUAUGGUUCCUGUGGACAACUUUAGGUAUAAGUGGAAUAAAGAUCAGUGGGAGGUGGCAGGUAAGGCAGAGCCGCAGCCCCCCUGCAGGACUUAUGUACACCCAGACUCCCCUGCACCAGGAAGCCACUGGAUGAAGCAGUCCAUCUCCCUCCUCAAACUCAAGCUUACCAACAACACACUGGACCCUAAUGGCCAUAUUAUCUUGCACUCCAUGCAUCAGUACCAGCCGCGCUUCCACGUGGUCCAGGCAGAUGACCUGUACAGUGUCCACUGGGCGCCGUUCCAGACCUUCAGCUUCACAGAGACCUGCUUCACUGCCGUCACUGCCUACCAGAAUAGCAAGAUCACAAAGCUGAAGAUCGACCAUAACCCCUUUGCCAAAGGAUUCAGAGAGGAGGGGACCCAUGGAAAAAGAUUCCGUGCUCACAAGGGUCAAACCUGUCCAGAGAAUCCAGCCAAGAAACUGAGAACUGAAGCAGAGAAGGAUCCGGAAUACCAAAGCUGCACAGACUUCCCACGCCUGCCAUACGAUCCCCAGAGAGAGGAUGAUGAGGUACCCAUGGGGCUCAAGCAUGGUCCAGGCCCUCAGGACGACCACAUGUCCCCCUGGGACUCGGAGCAGGACCCAAGCCACAGCCUUCAUGGGGACGCCCCCAUGGACUUCAGCAGCUCAGAGCAGCUUGUGCCUGGUCAGGCCACCUACCUCCUCUACAGAUCACAAGAUUUCAGGCGCUUGCCAUCGCCUCCAAGUAUAGAUUCCAACGUGGACCGCCGCCAUUACGAGUCCUCCGUCGAUGUGGCCACUGUUCCUGACAGGGAGGUCACCGGACCCCGUAUUUCAACUAACGUGGGAGGCCCUCAGGGUCAGCCUCUGAACGGCUCAGUGUCCACCAGCCACAUGCCACUGGCCUCCAAGAACAAGCCUGGACUUGCCACUCCACCUCUGUAUGGCCACCACAUGGAGCAGCCGUGUGGACAGUGGAAUGCACCGAUCCCCACACAAUACCCCACUUCCAGCUACAACCAUCCACAUCGUCUGAUGGUGGAACAUGGCCACAGCCAUCACCAUGGUAAUGUCACAGAGUGGAGCCAGUACCCACUGUUUUCAUACUCCUGUUGGUGACACAAGAGAUGGAUAGGACAAUCGACCAAUCAAAUAUGGAGCCAGGAUUUAGCCCUCAAGACUCUUUAAGACCCCAUAUGGUUUAAUGGUGCUGCUGGUGGGAAGCUCUUGCUGCUUCUCUGAACCACUUCAGAAUGGAAAACUGCAUAUCAGUCCUCUUAACAAGAACACUUGAGUGAGAUUGUGAGUAGAUGGGUACCUAACAAUUUGCAUGCAGUGCAUGAAGUGUCAUAGUUAGACAAUGUGACUUGACUUCAGUUUUU